AUGCGGAAUCCCAUCCAAUGGCCUCCCUCCUCUCCCCAUGCGCAGCGCACCCAUGUGAUCCCAUCGUCCAAUCCCAUCCCGUCAACUAGAGUGGGGCUCCGAGGCGAGAGGAGGGAAAAAAAAGAAGAAGUCGCAAAGUCCAGGGAAGGAAAGGACCAUGCUGCCAUGCAACGACGCUACGCCGCAACGCCCAGCCCAGCCCCAAGCUCAGGCAAGGCCCAGCUGUCAGGGGCUGCCACCCAUCACUUUCUCCAGCUUUUCGACUUUCGCUCCCGUCCUACCGAGUACGCUCCUCUACUCUAUCUGUACAAAGCAUCGAUUUCCAAACUCAAAAGAACCACUAUCCGCACGAAAGCACGAGCACAGCCGACGAGACUACAGAAACAGCUACAUACAAGCACGAAAACAUACAUACCCUCCCGGCGAUCCGUGUGUGGGGAUAGGUACCGGGACUCCCUACUAGGUACACCAUCACAAGUUCACAACACGUUCGGCAAUGGAAGAGGCACUAUACUCGGCCCUCCGAGCCUUUCCAGGUUCUCAAUGGCCGCAACAGAGAGAAAAAAGUGGAGGUGUAGCUGUACGAUGGGGACUUUGAGGACUCGACGUUCCAGUUCGAGAUUGCGGCGACUCGUCGGCCCCAAUGGCAACAUAACUCCUGGCGCAUAG